AUGUUCAACUCCGACCUCCAGGCACUGAGCCAACGGGAUCGAGCAGAGUUGAUUGUUGAGCAAAUCCUGGAGCAAGCCUUGCAGUGCUUCCGCGAGCUGGAUGUCGCUUGCAAGGAGUUGGAGGCAGCCUGCGCCAAGGACGAAGCUAACGAGAUAGAACUCAGCCGUAGAGCCUUGGAACACCAUCGAGUUAUUGGCAUGACGGUUGUGGGCGCCUCGAUCCACUUCUCGCUGCUGGCACAGCUGAAGCCCGAGGUGGUUUUGGUUGAAGAAGCAGCCGAGGUACUGGAGCCACAAAUUCUGGCAGUUCUUGGACCCUGGGUCAAGCAGCUGAUCAUGAUCGGAGACACAAAUCAGCUGCCGCCGCAGAUCGAGACCUUUAAACUCAAGCGGGAGCACCACUUCGACGUGAGCAUGAUGGAGCGCCUGAUUCUGAAUCGUUUGGAGAGUGUGCAGCUGUGCAAGCAGAGUCGAAUGCUUCCCGAUCUGCGAUCCCUUCUGGAGCCGAUCUACCCAGAUCUGUGUGACAAUGUAAAGAUGACGACGCACUUGAAGGCCCCAGAGUGUGUUGCAUCGCCCGUUUUCUUCUGGGAUUGCAGAGAUCCGGAAGCCAGCAGCGACCGCAGUCUCGUGAACGAGACUGAGUGCGACCGAGCAGUUCAUUUGGCGGCAUUCUUCAUCUCCGAGGGUUUUGCCCCAAGCGAAAUCACCCUGCUGGCCCCUUAUGCGGGGCAAGUUUCUUUGCUGAAGAAACAACUGGCGAGAAAGCUUCCGGAGUUGGUCCACACGCAGCCAAAGCAGUCCAAGGAUCUCCCAGUGGUGAGCUCGGUUGACAGGUAUCAAGGCGCAGAGAACUCCAUCGUCAUUGUCUCCUUGGUCCGGUCAAAUCCGAAUCGGAAGCUUGGGUUUUUGGGCUGGGACGAUGGAAAGCGACGGAUGUGCGUGGCACAGUCUCGGGCCAAGCGUGGCCUCUACUUCAUUGGUAACGCCGGCUGCCUCCGGAAUGCGCCGCACUGGGGAAAGUUGCUGGAACUGCUUACGAAAGCAAAAGCUAUUGGGCCUGGAUUCCCUCAGCGAUGCCCAAGGCAUCCUGACAUCCGCAAGGAUGCCGAAGAUGCUGCUGGGUUGUGGAUAAAGGGCUGUAUCCACACCGCGCAUUGCCUGAUCGAUGAUUCCGACGAUUCUCUGUGUAUGUACGCCCGACCUUGCGACAAAAGCCAUGGAGGCGGCCCGGAGGACGAAGGGAGGCCGCUCAAGAGCCGGCGGUGUACAUAA